GUGUAGCACACACAUACAUCUCCCUCGGACUCACCGCCAGGCCGUCAGAGUGGUUAGCUUUCCCUUGCCGAAUUCAGAAGUCAUCUCCGGAGUCAUCGACACCGUCACCCAGUCCCCACAACACUUAUUGUCUGCUGUGGAGAACAACAGAUCGGCAGGGGGGGGAGAGUACACACCCAGCCGAACAUCUGAAACAUGACGAGGUGCAUCAGCAUGUGUUUGGUAGCGAUGGCAGCAGCGCCGCUGACCAAGGCCUUCGUGGUGCCAGGCAGAAGCCUUUCCGUGUCGGUGCUAGGACGCGAGGGCGUCACCCGCUCGUGCUCGAAGGCCUCAGCUCGCGGCACCAGCAGCACCAGCUGUUGGAUGACCAAGAAAGCGGAGACGGAAGGAGCCGAGGGAGACAAGAAGAAGACCAAGCCGCCGGCGUGGAUGUUCAACGAGGACGGUGUUGCGUACGCCCCGUGGAUGGUGGAUGCCUUCGACCCCGAGAACCUGGCGAAGGUGGCAGCCUCGAUCGAAGCUCGGAAGGAGAAGGAGGCCAACACGGUGCCCGAGGCGCUCGGGGCCCUUGCACGCGACCCGCAACAGAUGGAGCUCUCAGGCGCAGGCCUGUCUGCCAAGAGGGUGUCGGAUGAGAUGGUGGAGCUAACCUGGAAGACAGGAAACGAGGAGGGAAACGUCGGUUUCAUCGUCAGCAGGAGGGCCGCUAAGACGGACGAGUGGCAGGAGAUCGCAUCGUACAAAGACUUCCCCCCACUCAACUCCAAGGGGCCGGGGGGCGGCGUCUACACCUACGCGGACGACAACGUUGAGUUGGGAACAUGGGUGUACAGGAUAUCCGACAUCAGCAAGAGCGGUGUAAGGAGCGACCUUUGCCAGACGCUGAUCGAGUUGCAGAGCGGCGCCGACGAGUUGCAGACGAAGAUCGGCGUAGCAGGUCUCGCCAUCGUGCUGAUCGCGGCGGCCGCAGCAGGAACGUUGAUCGACCCCUUUGCAUCGUAGAUCUCGUGGAACAAAUCGUCGCGUCGUUAGGACGUGCGUGUCGCUAGUCCAUGGUGUGUGACUGCCUUUAGCGCGAUAUUGAGCGAUCGCAGCCGCUGCGUAUGGUGUGUGUGGCUUAUAGAGGGCGAUUGACAGCGAUGGACCGGUUGUCGGGAGCCUUGGGGUGGCACGCUGGCAGGAACGGGGGAACUUUGGAACAGUCUUCUUGUUGGACCGCUACGCGGGCGAGAGUUGGACCGCGUACGGCAUGUCAUGCCGUGGUGUCCUUAUUACGCGGUGCUGCUUGGCGUGCAGGCAGAUGCGUGUUUUUCAUGAAAAGCGAUUGUCCUGCUGCUCGCAGAAGUAGACAGCACGUGCGCGCCGAUUGUUUUGGGGGCUCUCGUAUCUUGGGCUGAGCUCUUGUGGCGAAAACGUAGAUGGGGGGGAAGACCCAAUGGCGGGCGGUUUUUACGCAGGACUGUCAUGAAAGAGAGCGAGACGUGGCCGCGGGCACCGAGGUGAUUUAGUAGAUAAAAACUGAGGGUAUUGGCGCACGUUACACGUUAUAACGUUACACGUUGUCCUUCUAGUGUGGGUGAUAACAGCGGCGAAAUUGAGCAUUAUGUAGUAGGCUGGUGUUGCUGAAUACAUAGCCUUUUAAAGACGAGCGGGUAAUACAUACAUAGGUCUGUUUGAUAAGAACAGGCGGGGGGAUCGAGUUGUCCUUCGCCCACGAAGAGAAGCAGAAGCGACCACUUGGUUUGCCUCGCAAUGAAUUUUAUCUCACAGUAUGUUGAUCACUAGGAAAUGACACAUCCAUGCGCUUCGAAGGGCACGUCGUAUGCUAUGCAUAGGAGGGGUGAGAACCUACGCGCGGGUUGCUGCUGCUAGUCGGUUGGCUCCCGCGUCUUGCUGGCGUACCCCGUUCCUGCCUACAAUGCGCCGUUCUUCAUGAAGGCUGUCAUGAGAGAAAAGCUGGCAUUCGUCUGGCAUCAUCUUGCGAUAUGGAUGUAGGGAAACGGAAAUGCACGCCGCCGGUGUUGGUGUGUGUGCGCGCGCGUUUUCGGCUCACGUAUCUAUUUCGGUGCCAGCCUUAACUUUCGGUGUAGGUUUUAGGUACGAUUACGAAAACAAUUUCAAUGUGACCAAAGUUGAGAUUCUGGCGUUCUUCACCAAGGGCGUGAAAUCUCCCAGCUUGUCGAUUUCUCCGCCCAAAACAAUGCGGACAACUCCCAGAGGUUGUAUCGCUGUCCGCUAUCCUCAU